CGGAUCUUGGUGAUCCCUUGAUUCCCCACCCCCACCUGUCCCAUCAGACAUCCAAACCCUCCUUGAUCGGUUUCCGGAAGUCCUGGCCGAGCCACGUGGAGUCCACACGCGACCGGUUCGACACACCAUCGAGUUGGUCGAGGGUGUUGUUCCUCCAAAGGGCUGCGUGUACCGUAUGGGACCCAGCGAGUUGGAGGAACUCCGACGACAGAUCGAUGAGAUGAUUGACAACGGGUGGAUCAAACCUAGUGAAUCUGAAUUUGGUGCUCCUGUGUUAUUUGUUUCAAAGAAAGGAGGCAAACUCCGCAUGUGUAUUGACUAUCGCGGUCUAAACCGCAUCAUAAGAAAGAACGCCUACCCUUUGCCCCGCAUAGAUGACCUACUUGACGUCGUAGGUGGAUGCAAGGUCUUCUCCAAGAUCGAUCUCAAGUCUGGCUACCACCAGAUUGAAGUCGAUCCUGCGGACCAGCACAAGACUGCGUUCAAAACACGCGACCGGCUUUAUGAGUUCACCGUAAUGCCCUUCGGUCUCACGAACGCACCAGCCACUUUUCAAAGCCUCAUGGACAAGAUCCUCCGCGAACAGAUUUGUCGGUUCGUGGUAGUCUACCUUGAUGAUAUCUUGAUCUUCAGCAAGUCCAUGGAGGAACAUCUCAAGCAUCUUGAGGAAGUGCUCGGGCAUCGGUUGUCUGGUGCAGGCCUAGAGCCUGAGGCAACCAAGGUUGAGGUCAUACGCAAUUGCCCUCAACCCGCAAACAUUCGCGAAUUGCGUUCUUUCCUUGGCCUCGCGUCCUACUAUCAAAAGUUUGUACCCCGCUUCUCUAUCAUUGCUCGUCCAUUGUCGCGACUGACUAGUAAGAAUGUUCUUUAUUCUUGGGACACCGCGUGUACGGAUGCAUUUCGAGCUCUGAAGGAAGCCUUGGUAAGUUACCCAGUACUCCGCAUUGCAGAUCCCAAACUGACGUUCGUGGUCACCACGGAUGCAAGCCAGUACGGAAUCGGUGCAGUGCUGCAGCAAGAUGACGGCGACGGCUUGCGGCCAAACGCAUGCCCAGCGUAAAGGUAGCCACCUCCACUUACAUGCGCGAGCUUUAUGCUUUGCGUAUGGCAUUGGAUCAC